CUCCUUCCUCUUCCUCCUCUUCCUCCUCCUCUCGCUCUGGCAGCGGCUCCCGCGCCGGGCGGCGGCGCCUGCGCAGCCGUGGCUGCCCGCUCUCCCCUUCCCCCGAAGCUUCGUGAAGAUUCCGGAAGGCUCCGGCCGGCUCUUUCCGCUGAGGGAGCUGACCCGCCUCCGCCCUCCCCGGCGCUGCCCGGCUUCCGCCUGCCGCCCGCCGCUCCGCCGGGCUGCGCUCGCUCUCCCGAGCGGCGGGGCAGGGAGCGCCGCCGGCCGCUCCGCCGCCAUGUCCUUGCUCUGCUACAACCGGGGCUGCGGCCAGCGCUUCGACCCCGAAACCAAUACGGAGGAUUCAUGCACAUAUCAUCCAGGUGUGCCAGUCUUUCAUGAUGCUCUCAAAGGUUGGUCAUGUUGUAAGAGAAGAACAACAGACUUUUCUGACUUCUUAAGCAUUGUGGGCUGUACAAAGGGUCUCCAUAACAGUGAGAAACCUCCUGAGCCUGUUAAACCAGAAGUCAAAACUACCUCUGAACGAAAGGAGCUAGCUGAACUGAAACCCAAAUUUCAAGAACACAUAAUUCAGGCACCAAAACCAUUGGAAACAAUUAAAAGGCCAAGCCCAGAUGAGCCAAUGACAAAUUUGCAGCUGAAAGUGUCGGCUUCCUUGAAGCAAGCACUAGAUAAACUGAAACUGUCAUCAGAAAACGAAGAGAAAAAAGAGGAAGACAGUGAUGAAAUCAAGAUUGGGACAGCAUGUAAAAAUGCAGGCUGUUCAAAAACCUACGAAGGACCACAGAGCACAGAAGAAGUAUGUAUAUACCAUUCUGGUGUACCUAUAUUCCAUGAAGGGAUGAAGUAUUGGAGCUGUUGUAAAAGAAAAACAUCUGACUUCAAUACAUUUUUAGCUCAAGAAGGCUGCACAACAGGAACACACGUAUGGACUAAAAAGGAUGCGGGUAAGAAAGUAGUCCCAUGCAGGCAUGAUUGGCACCAGACUGGAGGAGAAGUGACUAUUUCUGUGUAUGCUAAAAACUCUGUUCCUGAUCUGAGCUAUGUAGAAGCAAAUAGCACAAUGUUAAAUAUCCAUAUUGUAUUCGAAGGAGAAAAGGAAUUUCAUCGCAGUGUGAAAUUAUGGGGAGUAAUCGAUGUAAAGAGGAGUUAUGUGAACAUGACGGCUACAAAGAUAGAGCUUACUAUGAGAAAAGCAGAGCCACUAUUAUGGGCAAGUCUCGAAUUACCGGUAUCCAACACACAGCAAAAAAAAGAGAAUUCAGAUCAAUAAUGAUUCCAAGAGACAAAUUAUUUCCCAUUAUGAAGUGGUGACUUGCUACUGUAAUCAAAUAUUUAACUUUUAUAUAGAUUUUUUUUUUAUGCUAGAUCAUAUGUUCCAUUCUACAAAGAAAUUUGACGCACAGUAAACGGGGGUGUAAACUUGAAGGGUAAUAGCUAUUUCUGCUCUUGCUCCCAUGAGUAUAUUUAUUCUAGUUGGAGUGUCUCCAUGGGGAUUUAGAGUAAAAGAGCUAUUGCCCUUUGCUUACAACCUUACCUGCCAUGCACUGACUAUCCAAAUAGAUGUGUUCUCAGUCCGCUGUGUGUGUUAAUUUUUCAAAUGUUUGGUUUAGACUGGAUCUACUGGGUAGCACAUGUUAAAUUCAGCACUGUUCAUUAUAAAGCAUACAGUAAUACAGGUACAAAAAUCUGAGGUUACGAAGUGAUUAGCAUGCAAUUCUACAUCAAGAAUAAAAGGGUGCAUAAACAUAAAUAGGAAAGAACACUUGUAGACUUGCAUUUUUGUCUUCUGAAACUGAGGUUUGUUUCAAUACCUGUUGGCUGUGAAGGGAUGGAAUAAACGGUAUUUUCCUAAGGAUUUCAAUACUUGCUGACUCUUUUGCUGUCUUUCAUGUAUAAAAGCAGGAGAUCAGAUUAAAAUAAAAGAAAAGCUGGCAAGAGGGGAUUUUUUUUUUUUUUUUAGUCAUGUACCUUUGGUAUUUGAAUUGUUAAAUAUAAAAGUGAAUGGACUGUGAAACAGCUGAAUAACUUAGCAUACAAACAGCAGACUAUUGUAAAAUUACCAAGGUGUUGUAUAUAUUUGACAGUCUUUAGAAUGUAUAUUCUGUCCUAUUCUACAACAUUCAGAAUUAUGAAUCUUUUUUCAGAGUAGGUGGAUAUGUGUAGUAGGAGAAGCCAGUACACACUGUAGGUGUCUCAGGGAAAAUUAUUUCCAUGUAGAGAUGCAUAGCUUUUGUUUCUGAGGGUGGUAAUCUAAGAACUAAAUUUAUCUACAGGACAAAUCUUAGAAGAAACAAACAACAACAAGCUUUAAAAUGUCUGUCUCAAGUCAUAAUUAUACCUUUUGAAUUAAAAUAUUUUAAAAAUACUUCUUUUGAACAAGAUAAGCAAAACACUGUAAUUAGAAAUCAAGACCUUAUUUUUGUUUUCAGUUCCCCAUCAGCAAAGAUUUGUGGCUGAAAACAGGAUAGUUUUAAAGACGAGACUUUUACCCAAGCAGCAAUACAUGCAGUAAUGUUGCUUUCUCUUUCUGCUUGAAAUAGUUUCUUAAUUUUGGGUUGCAGCUGAAAGAAAAACAAUGUUUUUGUAUACAAGUCAUGUAAAAUGUACACCAUUACUUAUUGUGCCAAAACUUGUAUAUGUAAACAGGCAGUCCUGUGGACUGUUGAAAUGUGUGGAUGCUCAUCUACCUACCUUGGCAGACCUGGAGUAAUGCCAAGAAAACACAGAACGUAGUAAAGGCAUUCUGAAGUUAAAUAUGGAUUUCUAAUAAUAAUACUGUUUUCCAGCUGGUAUAAUUUGACUUGAGCUCAGAGUUCUGUCUCUAGCAGUACUUGAAAUCCUACUUCAUGCUUAAAGUUGUAGGAAAUACAUUACCAAAGAAACCAUCCCUAAACACCAAGAAAAUAACAGCAGUGCUGCAUAUAUGAAACUUGUUUUGGUGCUUUUUUACCUUCAAGAUCCUGUUUCCUCAUUGACUUGGAGGGAGUGUGGUUGCUUACUCCCUUGGGCCCCUAUUAAAAGUUCUAGCUCUAAUUUCUGCUUAAAAGAUUCUGUUAACCUCUAAUAAUGCUGCUGUUUUUUUGUGUUGGGGGGGGGGUUGGUUUUUUGUUUGUUUGUUUUUAGAAAUUUGAACAUGCCAGGUUCUGUAAGGUUAUAGGGUACAAAAAUGUUUGCCUGCAAAUGGUCCUUCAAAAGUUGAACAGAUGUUCCCUGAUGUGUACUGAACCAACAAGUGGAGCUCUUAUUAGUAUAAUACUGAGAACAAUCACUUCAGUGAAUGAAAAAUUCUAGAUAGCUGUAGCUACUAGCGUGCCACGUGUUUUUGUAUGCAGAAUUCUGAAUUUGGACAGCAAAAUGAGCAGUGUUUAAAUCCCAGGAUAGAAUUCUUAUUUAACAAGCAAGUUCAAACAUGUGUCUAUCCAUAUGGAUAUAUAUACCGUAAAUAUCUUGCAUCUUCCACAUUUUUUUAACGUAUUUUCAAUUUAUUUGCAUCCUUACAUGCAGUAGGUUUACAUCAUGUAAAACCCAUUUUAAAGAACUACAGGGGAAAUGGAAUUUUUGGGGAAAACAAUUUCUGUUUUUAAGCAAGUUGUAUUCUCCCUUAGUAUACUAAAUGCUAUAUGGAGAGAAAUGAGGGUGAAUGGCCCUUCUGCUGUUAAUGCUGCAGGCUUUGGGACCCCAUAACUAUUUCUUAGACUCUUUCAAACUAUGUCCUGCUGGUAGCUGAGUCAACUUGGCCAUGAGUAAAAGAAAGCUCCUGUAAACAUGGUCCUCAGUUUUGCUUCUUUUUAUUCAUUCUUCCUACUCUUUUCUUGUUCAUACUUUCAGCACAAAAUUAAAGAUAAUUCAGGAGUUCCGUAAUGACUUUCCCCAUCAGUGGCAAUGAAACUGCUUUUAAAAUUCACCUGUUUAAAAAAGCAAGCAAACAAAAAAAAAACCACAAGCCAACCUGCUUUGAUCAGGCAAGAAGGUAUAGGUUUUACAAAUAAUAGCCUCAUUUUCUAUGGCCUGUGAUGUUUUUCAAAAUAAAAGGAUAAACUUUCAGAGGCUGCUAUAAGUCUCGUUUAACUGCAUUAAUUCUUAGCAGCUUUUUAUAACUAUAUGUCUGCAUCAUCAAGCUGCAAAAGCUGUAUCACCUACUGAGUUUGAGUGUUUUGAGCAGUUGCUCAGAACAGGCUCCAACACACCAAUGUUUGAUCCUGGUAUUUCAUGAAAUGGCAUCUUGACAUAGGUAGUGGUACCUGACACUUCAAUGGAAUAUUGGAUUGGCUGAAACUUUUAUUAGUAGAUGUGGAGAGAAGGUGAAACCAACUGUAGUGUACCAAACCAAUCAGUACUUCCUCAAAAUCAAGAUCUAACUAAGUGAUUUUUGAUCGCAUAGGCUUUCACCUGUCUCAGUGAAACUAAAUUGCAAACAAGUACGUACUGGAAUACUUGCUGUCAAAUUUACCCUUUUUUUCAUGUUUUCAGAAGUUGUGCUGUAUUUAACAAGUUGGUUAACUUGAUACAGUCCAGCUAUAUUUUUAUAAUUGAUGAGUCUUUAAAAGCUGCAGUGUGUUUCAGUAUGGGUUUACAUGUUACAUGUGUAGACAGUGUAUUACAUGUCUCAGAACUGACUGUCUAGGUCCAUAUAAAACUUGUCCUUCACAAUCGCUUUUUAAUAUGAAAAAUUGCAUGGUUAUACAAGUUUGUGACAGAAAUCUUAAUCUUUUCCCUCAUGUAUAAGCCCAUUUUCCUACCUAGCAUUACAUAUUAUAUCUGUAACAACAUUUCUUGGAGGAGUUGGAAUUUAUUUUUAAUGUUAAUGUACUGUUAAGCCCUGGGCUGUUCAGCUGCUCUGACUCUUUAACAUUUUACAUGGCACUGAUGUAACUUGACAAAAAAAUCUUCCAUCAUAUGAUCUUCUGGAACAUCUACGUUAUCAAGUCACCAUUUCAGUAGUUUAGGGAUUAGUUUUACUAGGAAUUUUGCCUCAAAAAAAAAUCUACUUAUUCUAUAUAAUGAUGCAUUUUUUGCUUGCAUUCUUUAAACAUGGCAUGAGUAUUGGUUAAAUACUGUACCUGUUAAUCAUUGGUCUUUCCCAAUUGCUACUAAAAUUUUUUUAUCUCUGUUCAGGAACGAGAUCCUUUUUAAAGUAAUGAGUUAUGUGUCUGGAACACUUUUUAAAGGUGGUAAUAAUUUUGCCAUUAUGAGUCUUGAAUUACAGUUGAAGGGGGGAGAUGUCUUUUUGCAUGGUUGUUUGAUUCUGCACAUUCAUAAAACUUGUAUGCAGAAAUGAAUCUCAUGUCUUCAUGCUCUAGUUUUUUUCUAAAUGUAUUCAAUAAAAUUCUUAUUACAUGCUGGUUGCA